AUGAAACCUAACUUGAAGCAAUGGAAACAACUAAUGCUGUUUGGGCUAUUUGCAUGGGGUCUCCUUUUCUUGGUGAUCUUCAUCUAUUUUACAGAUAGCAACACUGCUGAACCAGUUCCAAGUUCCUUCUCUUACAUUGAGACGAAGAGGCUCCUGCCCAUUCAGGGCAAGCAGAGAGUUAUUAUGGGAGCAAUACAUGAUCCAUCAUCCUCUGAAACCAUAGAUAGGAACGAGGUGCUUCUUAACGAAGAUCUCUUAGAUUCAUUUAAAUCGGGGACCGGAAGCAUUAAAAAGUGGAUUGAUCUAGAGGAUGGCUUUGAAAAUGAAGAAGAGUUUUUUCCUUCCCAGGUAGGGAGAAAAUCAAAAUAUGCUUUCUAUCAAGGGGAUGACAACUAUUUAUUUGCUGCUGGCCAGCCUCAGCAACACAGCAACAUUCAAGAGCUAGUGAAAUUCAUCUCUCCCAAUGAGGAUGAUCAGAAGGAAAAUGUUUUACAGGAAAAAUGGACCCAUGAGAAAAGGACAAAGAAAAGAAAGCCAACACGCAGGAGAAGCCAGCUGUUUGAUGAGUCUGAUGAUUGGGAUGGGUUAUAUUCCACAAUGUCAAAAUCCUUCCUUUAUAGGCUUUGGAAAGGGGAUAUCUCCUCCAAGAUGCUGAACCCUCGCCUGCAGAAAGCUAUGAAAGACUAUCUGAACACCAACAAGCAUGGGGUGCGGUUCAAAGGGAAACGACGAAACUCCAGACUGACAGGAGACCAGCUCAUCUGUGAGCUCAAGGACAGGGUGCAUGUGAAAACAAUAGAUGGCAAGGAGGACCCCUUUUCAGCUCUUGGAUGGGAAAAGCACGUUCCUCAAAUUCCACUGGGCAAACUGUAUCCACAUGGCUUCGGAAGCUGUGCCGUAGUUAUGUCUGCUGGUGCAAUACUGAACUCUUCUCUAGGGGAUGAAAUAGAUUCUCAUGAUGCAGUUCUGAGAUUUAAUUCUGCUCCUACACGUGGCUAUGAAAAAGAUGUUGGAAAUAAAACGACCAUGCGCAUCAUUAACUCCCAGAUUCUCACCAAUCCAAACCAUCACUUCAUUGACAGCUCAUUAUAUAAAGAUGUUAUUUUAGUGGCCUGGGAUCCUGCUCCUUACUCUGCAAAUCUGAAUGUGUGGUAUAAGAAGCCAGACUAUAACCUGUUCACACCUUACGUGCAGCAUCGCAGGAGGAAUCCAAACCAGCCAUUUUACAUUCUCCAUCCCAAGUUUAUAUGGCAGCUCUGGGACAUCAUUCAGGAGAACACUAAAGAGAAGAUACAGCCCAACCCACCUUCAUCAGGUUUCAUUGGGAUCCUCAUCAUGAUGUCCAUGUGUAACGAAGUGCACGUGUAUGAAUACAUCCCUUCAGUCCGACAAACCGACCUUUGUCACUACCAUGAACUAUACUAUGAUGCAGCUUGUACCUUAGGGGCUUACCAUCCACUACUGUAUGAGAAACUGCUGGUGCAGAGGAUGAACAAAGGUUUGCAGGAUGAUCUGUAUCGGAAGGGGAAAGUAAUCUUGCCAGGGUUCAGGUCUGUAAAGUGCCCGGGACAGAAUCACUUCCCACAUUUAUAA